AAACGACAUAUAUUACAAAUGAAAAAUACGAUAAAGUUUACAAAAUAGGUACUAUUAUCGAAAGUUCUUGCUGCACCGCGGCGGCGGCGGAGACAGGGUCUAAACCACACUCAGAGUGUACUUUCUGAGGUUCAUCACUCUUUCAUCUUGUUUUCAUUCAUAAUUAUAUAUUCACCUGCUUACACCAUGCCUGUAUGUAUAUAAAUUGAGAUACAAUUCUUAUACGAAUAUUUCAUCAAAACAAUUUCUUCACAAUUUUGAUUUCAAGAAUCAUGAUUAUGCAUUUCCGUAGAUUAUCUACCCUGAUUAAUCCAACCCCACGAAACCCAUUUGCACCAUCAACCCAAAAAAUCAUGAAAAAGAACAAGUGGGACCCAAUUCCGUUGCCUCAUAGAACCAUGCCUGAGCCUAAAGGUCAGGAUCUUGAUUUUGUGAAUGUUGCUUAUAGUCAUCUGGUACACGCUGAUUGGGCUCAACUUGAGAAAUUAGCAUCUGGGUUGUCUUUGUUUCGAGUAAAGCACAUUCUUUUGAGGCUCCGGAAUGACCACGUUCUUUCAUAUAGGUUCUUUAGGUGGUUUGGGGGAAAGAAUCCGUCUUUUCGUAAUGUUGAAACCCUUUCGAUGAUUUUGCAUAUUUUGAGUAAGCACCGGAAGUUUAGAUCUGCGGAGGGUGUUUUGAAGGAGAUUGUUGAUUCUGGUUCGGUUAGUUUUCAUUUUGAGCUGUUCGAUGCCUUGGUUGAUUCGUAUAGAGUUUGUGAUUCUUCGCCUCGGGUUUUUGAUUCGGUGUUUAAGACAUAUGCUCAUUUGAAGAAAAUUAGGAAUGCUACGGAUAUGUUUUGUUGGAUGAGGAAUUACGGGUUUUUACCGACUGUGGAGUCGUGUAAUGCGUUAUUGAGCUCGUCACUUAAUCUGAAUCGGGGGGAUAUUGCAUUGAAAUUUUACAAGGAAAUGCAGAGGUCGAGGAUUUCGGCAAAUGUUUAUACUUUUAAUAUGGUUGUUGCUGCUAAUUGCAAAUUGGGGAAAUUGGAGAAGGCUGUUACUAUAUUUAAGGAGAUGGAGAGCUUGGGGUUUAAUCCUACUGUUGCUUCUUAUAAUACUUUGAUUGCUGGAUACUGUAAACAGGAUCUUUUGAGCUCUGCCAUGAAGCUAAAAGAUUCGAUGGUGAGGAACGGUGUGCAGCCAACUGAUAUAACGUACAACACACUUAUUCAUGGACUCUGCAAGGAAGGAAAAUUACUUGAAGCAAAUAAGAUUUUCAAUGAGAUGAAAGGAUCAGAUGUCACUCCUACCACUGUUACUUACAACACUUUGAUAAAUGGGUAUGGCCAGAUAGGUAAUAAUGAUAUGGCUGAGCGACUUUUUGAGGAAAUGUCCAGAGAUGAAAUCAAAGCUGAUAUCUUGACUUACAACGCAUUGAUUUUGGGGCUAUGCAAGGAGGGAAUGACGAAGAAAGCUGCAUACCUAGUGAAGGAACUUGAUAGGAAACAUUUGGUUCCAAACUCGUCAACCUUUUCUGCGCUGAUUAGAGGACAGUGUGCAAGAAAGGAUUCUGGGCGAGCCUAUCAAUUGUAUAAAAGCAUGAUAAGAAGCGGUUGUCAUCCAAAUGAAUAUACGUUGAACAUGUUAUUGUCGGCGUUAUGCGAGUCUGAGGACUAUAAUGGAGGAGUCCAAGUUCUGACAGAGAUGCUGAAUCGAGGUAUUGCUCCUAAUUCUACUACCUUAACUGAUCUUUAUAAAGGGCUUAGGCUGUGUGGAAAAGAUGAGUUGGUGUUGAAGUUGUCAAAAGAGAUAAAUGAUAGACAUAUUGUAGUAAAAGAUUCUGAAAGGGAUGAAAAUAACAUUUCCCAGCCAAAUUUUUAAAGCAUGAAAAUGGCAACAUGACUUGUAAGAUCUUAUCAAUCUUUUGUGUGUAAAGAAGUAUCAUUCUUGCUUGGUGAUAUGUAAUUGUCUGAUAUUGACAAAGUGCAGCAAAACAAUUCCUCAUAAUAUAAGAUCUUUGUAGGUUUUCCA